AUGGAGACGGUGGUGAUAGUGGCCAUCGGGGUGUUGGCCACUAUUUUUCUGGCCUCCUUCGUUGCCCUGGUGGUGGUGUGCCGACACCGUUACUGCCACCCUCACGACCUGCUGCACCACUUUGACUCCAAGCCCACAGUGGAUCUGAUCGGAGCCAUGGAGACCCAGAGUGAGCCUUCAGAGCUGGAGCUGGACGACGUGGUCAUCACCAACCCCCAUAUCGAAGCCAUCCUGGAGAAUGAGGACUGGAUAGAAGAUGCCUCUGGUUUGGUGUCUCACUGCAUCUCCAUCCUAAAGAUCUGCCACACCUUGACUGAAAAGCUGGUUGCCAUGACGAUGGGCUCCGGAGCAAAAGUCAAAGCGCCGGCUAGCUUGAGUGAUAUCAUCACGGUGGCCAAGCGCAUCAGCCCGAGGGUGGACGACGUGGUGAGAUCGAUGUAUCCUCCUCUGGAUCCAAUCCUCCUGGACGCCAGGGCCACCGCUUUGCUCCUUUCAGUCAGCCACCUUGUGCUGGUUACCCGCAAUGCCUGUCACAUGUCCGGCAGCAUGGACUGGAUCGACCAGUCGCUCCACGCAGCAGAAGAUCACAUGGUGGUUUUACGGGAAGCAGCUCUGGCCUCAGAACCAGAACGAGGCAUACCUGGAUUUGACGCUCAGAGAGAACACGCCAUCUGA